AUAUAUACUCUUCUUGAGUACUCUAUUGCGCCAAACAAAGAUAUGAGGAUCUUCACAAAGCUCUCUGCACCACUCUGCCUCCUUUUUGUCUUCCUCUGUCUUAAAACUACCUUCUCAUCCUCUAUACAUGCUUCUUCCUUCUCAACAACACAUCUCUGCUCUCAUGAGGAGGCUCUUGCUUUGCUGCAAUUCAAGACAUCCUUCUCCAUCGAUUACACUGGUCUUUGUGCAGAUAUUUGUGUGGAUUUUUUUUCUACUAAACCUAAUUAUUCUAAGAUUGAGUCAUGGAAGGAAGGUAUAGACUGUUGUUCCUGGGAUGGGGUUAGCUGUGAUAAUGUCACAGGCCAUGUAAUUGCCCUUAAUCUCAGCUGCAGUUUCCUUUAUGGCACCUUUCCUUCCAACAGCACUCUUUUCUUCCUCAGAAACCUACAAAGCCUUAAUCUUGCCUUGAAUGAUUUUAGGCAUUCCAAGAUUCCAUCGGAAAUCAGUCAGUUUACUAGACUAAAGCAUCUUGAUGUCUCUUCUUCUGGAUUUUCGGGUCAAGUUCCAACAGAAAUUGCUCACCUCCCCAAGUUAGUUUCUCUCAAUCUCUCUUAUUCUGACUUGAUCCUUGAAACAACUACCUUCAAAAAUCUUGUUCAUAACUUGACUGAGGUGAGAGAACUUGUGCUUAAUAGAGUGAACAUGACUUCUGUUAAUCCUCGUUUCUUCAUGAAUCUCUCUUCUUCUUUAACUACUCUUCGUCUUUUUUAUUGUCAGUUAAGAGGAAACUUUCCAAACAGUAUUUUCCGCUUUCCAAAUCUCAAGAGAUUUAGUUUAGGUGGAAAGAGAUUUAGUUUAAGUGGAAAGGGAAACCUCACUAUUGAUCUUCCAAGUUCCAAUUGGAGCAGUCUUCUCCAACAUUUGUAUUUAUCUGUCAUGGAUUGCGGAAGGCGAUUGCCAGAGUCUAUAGGAGAUCUAAAGUCAUUACAGUAUCUGAAUCUUCCUCAGUGCAACUUGGAAGGUUCCAUUCCAGCAUCCAUAGGUAACUUAAGGCAACUUACUAGCCUAGGCCUCUUUUCUAACAAUCUUAGCGGACAAAUCCCAUCAUCACUUGCAAACCUCACCCAACUUACCUCUCUUGACCUUUACAAUAAUCAGUUUUCUGGUCCCAUUCCAGCUUCCAUAGGUAACUUAAGGCAACUUACUAGCCUACGCCUCUCUUCUAACAAUCUUAGCGGACAAAUCCCAUCAUCACUUGCAAACCUCACCCAACUUCCCUUUCUUGGCCUUUCCUAUAAUCAGUUUUCUGGUCCCAUUCCAGCUUCCAUAGGUAACUUAAGGCAACUUACUGGCUUAAACCUCUAUUCUAACAAUCUUAGCGGACAAAUCCCAUCAUCACUCGCAAACCUCACACAACUUCACUAUCUUGUCCUUUCUUAUAACUUACUUAAUGGCACAUUGCCACCUUGGAUUUUCACCCUACCUUUGUUAGAGUACUUAAAUCUCAAUCAUAACCAACUUCAAGGUCAAAUAAAUCAAUUCCGGAAAAACUCACUCACACGCCUAGAUUUGUCAAACAAUAAACUCCAGGGCUCAAUUCCUAACUCAAUUGCUAAUUUAGUAAAUCUUAGUUAUCUCAAUUUAUCAUCAAAUCAUUUUAGUGAUUUAGUAGUACCUGAAAUGUUCUCGGUACUUCAAAAUCUCGAAAUUCUUGACCUUUCUCAUAACAACUUAAUCGGGAAGAUUCCAAAUUGUCUUCCUAAGUCUCUGUCAGUGUUGAAUUUGCAGGCCAAUUACUUUGAUGGAAUAAUAGCAUUUGUGUUUCCAGAGGGCUGUGGAUUACAAUAUCUCAACUUACAUAGAAAUCAAAUGGAUGGCUUAUUAUCAAGGUCUUUGGUGAAUUGUAGCAAGUUAGAGGUUCUAGACGUUGGCAACAACAGCAUAGAGGAUACAUUCCCUCAUUGGUUGGAAUCUCUACCAGACCUUCAAGUGCUUGUCUUAAGGUCCAACAAGUUCCACGGUUCUGUGCAGAGCACCAAAGAAAGUCCAUCUUUUCCCAAGUUGCGAGUUCUGGACCUCUCCAGCAAUUAUUUUGUUGGUGCUUUGCCUAUUCGGUACAUUGAAAAUUUUAAUGCGAUGAUGGAUCCUCAUAAAGAUGGUGGUUCCCUUAAAUACAUGAUGGUGUCGACGGGAGCCAAUUCUUAUCAAUAUUCAGUGGUUGUGACAUGGAAGGGAUUCGACUAUGAGCUGCAGAAAAUCUUGACCACAUUCAGUAGUAUUCAUCUCUCAAAUAACAAGUUUGAGGGAGAAAUUCCAGAUGUUAUUGGAAAGCUUAGUUCUCUCAAAGGGCUUAAUUUUUCUCAUAACAACCUUACUGGUCAUAUCCCACCCUCACUAGGGAAUUUGACGAAUCUGGAAUGGUUGGAUCUCUCUUCCAACGAGCUAGCGGGGAAAAUUCCAGAUGAAUUGGUAUCUUUGACACAACUUUCUGUAUUGAAUCUUUCAAAUAAUCAUCUUGUCGGACGCAUACCACAGGGCAAUCAGCUCAACACCUUUGGAAAUGGUUCUUAUGAAGGAAACCUUGAACUGUGUGGAAUCCCAUUGUCAAAAUCUUGUGAUGGAAUUGGGACACCGCCCAGCUCCUUCCAAGAAAAAGAUGAGUUGUGGAGAUUUGGCUGGAGAGUCGUGGUGUUAGGCUAUGGAUGCGGAGUUGUUUUUGGACUGCUGAUGGGAUAUCUUGUCUUCCGAACAGGAAAACCGAAAUGGUUCGUGUCUUUGUUUGAUGGCCGACCAAGUCAAAGUGGAAGGAAGAUGAGGAAAGCCAGAAGACUUGUUCAAAGAAGAAGCUAGUUGCAGAGUUGAUGUUUUAGAGCUUCUGAUUUAAUGUUUCCUGAAUAAGUGCUUUUUGGGUUUGAAGUUCUUGUUAUGGCUUUGUAAUUUUGUCUAAAAUUGGCUUGUCUAAAAUUGUCAGCCUACUCGUCUUUAUUAUGCUUUGUAAUUUUGUCUUUCUUUAUUGUAAAAUAUAUUUGAAGUUUCAAGCUGUUAAUCUUUCUUUAUUAAUGUACUUAAGUCAGUUGGUAUCAAACUGGAAGCGAAGGUAUGUCAAGUUUCAU